AUGUCUCCGUCGUCUGUCAUCCCCGCCAUCGACUACUGCGCUCGCUUGGACGUCGCCAUACCCCAUCAACUUCUGCCUCUCCGCAUUCUACUUGCCAGACUGAAUCCCACAAGACAUUUCAACUGGCGGCCCGUCUCUGCCGUAUCGAUUACCAACACGCAGGACUCGGAUCAGGCGCCCUGCCGCCGUGCGAAGAUGCUUCGGGCCGCCAUUUUCAUUUGGCAUGAUGACAACAUUGUGCGGCACCUAAUACAACUCUACCUCGUCGACACGUUCACCUACGCCGCAAGUGCUCUCUCCGCUGCAUCUGUUUUCCGCUCCCUUUUAGGCUUCGCCUUUCCACUAUUCGGCCAGCAAAUGUUCAACGCCCUCGGGACGGGCGGCGGCAACUCGUUACUCGGUGGUCUGGGUAUUGUCUUGGGAAUCCCAUUCCCGAUCUACCUUUACUACCAUGGGGCUGAAAUCCGUCAGAAGAGCGCGUUUUCUCGAUGA